GGGUGACCCUGAACACACAAAGAAACGCCCUCAGUGUGACAUGACUAAAGCUGGACCAUGUAAAGGACGUGACAGACGGAUGGGGCGGGACUUCUUACCGGAACUCCCUCUAAACCCGGAAAUCCAAGAACACCAACACUUCCCUGAAACAAGAAACACACGCUGCAUUAUGGGAUGUCACAGAUACACACCAGAGCAGGACCGGAAGCGUGUGUGCAGUGGAUAUUGCGGGUUUGACUAUCCCGCUGCGACGAGUCCAUCCAGCAGCAGGUUGAUGUGACAGGGUCACCACUAUACACGGACCCCUGCGGUCUGAGCCGAGUCGAACCGAGUACUGGACUGCAUCCCGAGCCAAGCCGAGACCAAGCUCAUCCCGGAGUGAGACCGAAGAGACCGGGACGGUGCAGCGGCAUGAGCGAGUGUAUGGAGCGCCCGGGCACCCAGCGGCGGGGGAUCAAACCUCUACAGCUGCUGCUUCCGCUGGUGGUGGUGGUGCUCUACUGCACUCCAGGAGACACCAAGACAGCGUGUCACUGCAAUGGGAAGGCGUUGUGUCACUGUGAUGGGGUCAAAGGUCAAAAGGGUGAACCUGGUUACGGUGGAGAAAGUGGACUUCCUGGAAUGAUUGGUUACCCUGGAAAUGAGGGUCCCCAUGGGUUUUCCGGAGAGAAGGGUGAGCAGGGAGCAGCAGGACCUUCAGGACCGAAAGGCUCUCGGGGUCUUUCAGGAAAACCUGGAUAUCCAGGACCUCCAGGACUGCCGGGACUUCCUGGAAGUGAAGGACCCAUUGGACAACCAGGAUUCCCAGGAUGCAAUGGGACAAAGGGCGAUGUUGGUUACCCAGGGUUCCCUGGACCUCUGGGACCUGUUGGCCUUCCUGGUCUGCCAGGACUGCAGGGUACAAAGGGAGACUCGUUCGUCUACCCCAUUCCUCCGGAUAUUAAAGGACAAAUGGGAAAACAAGGACUGAAAGGACGAGAGGGACUGAGGGGAGAUCCAGGUCAACUCGGCCCUUCAGGACCACCAGGACCUGCAGGAAGUCCUGGAAUUCCAGGGUUUCCGGGGUCACCAGGAGAGAAAGGUCAGGAGGGUCCCAAUCCCGUGAUUCUAGGUCCUCGAGGACAGAAGGGUGAUCGUGGACUUCCAGGGAUCCCUGGACAGAAAGGAAUCAAACUGUAUGCUGAAGGACCCAAAGAGCUGAAGGGAGAACCUGGUGAAAAAGGAGAAAAGGGUUGCCAUGGGCUUCCUGGUGUCGCUGGGAAAGUUGGAAGGAAGGGAGAGAAGGGUGAACAAGGCGACCCAGGCACAUUUGGUAAACAAGGAAAGGACGGACUCAUCGGAGCGCUUGGAAUUCCAGGAGACACAGGGGAUGUUGGGUACCUUGGGCCUCCUGGCAUUGAAGGAACCCAGGGGGAGAAAGGUGAACGUGGUCCUCCAGGUCUUCCAGGAGAGACUAUCUGGAAUCACAGGUUUCUGAAGGGUCAGCGUGGUGUCCCUGGGGUCCGUGGCCCCCCAGGAGCCCCUGGAGAACAAGGAAUCAUUGGUUUUCCUGGAAUGCAGGGUGAGACAGCAGCGACUCCUGCUGGACCUCCAGGAGCUCAGGGGCCCCCAGGCCUUACAGGGCCCAAAGGAGAACCAGGAGAGCCAGGGUCCCUCAUGUACGGCACCCCAGGGGUGACAGGAAUACCAGGGGCUCUUGGAGCUAAAGGAGAACCAGGAGAACCGGGAAUACCAGAUUUUCUGCCGGGAGAUGUCGGUGCUACAGGAGAUAAAGGUACAAAAGGACUGAUUGGACUUCCCGGGACCAGAGGGGACGAGGGGCAGAUGGGUGAAAAAGGAGAGACUUGCUUCGUUUGUGCUGAGGGGUCCGGCUCCCCCGGACCUCCGGGUAAACCAGGAGAGCCAGGUGAACCUGGGCUGCCAGGGUCCGACGGUUUUCCAGGACCAAUAGGUGACAAAGGGGUCAAAGGUGUCCGAGGAUCACCUGGUCCACAGGGCCCCUUUGGUUUCCCUGGCAUCCCAGGGUCCCCAGGACCUGCAGGUAAACCAGGGAUCAUGAACAGAGUAGGAGAAAAGGGUGAGGAAGGAGCGCAGGGGGGACCAGGACCAGUGGGUUUCGAGGGUACAAAUGGACCUGUAGGUAUACCGGGACCAAAAGGUGUUCAAGGACAGAAAGGAAACCCUGGGCCUCCAGGACAGAAAGGUGACAGGGGCCCACUUGGGGAGUAUGGUCCUAGUGGGCUGAUAGGACAGAGGGGACCCCCAGGACCUCCUGGUAUUGGUGUUCCAGGGCCUCCAGGACCUAAAGGCAACAUAGGGGUCCUGGGCCAGAGAGGAAGUCCUGGAAUACCAGGUGAGAAAGGUUCUCCCGGAGAAAUCAAGACAUCUCCAGGAGAUCCAGGACAAAAAGGAGAGAAAGGUUUACCUGGAAAUCCGGGACCUGAAGGUGUGACAGGACUUCCUGGUGAUCUAGGACCUGUUGGUCCUAAGGGAGAAAAAGGAAAUGAAGGGUUUUCUGUGCAGGGGCCCCCAGGCUUCCCAGGGGUCAAAGGAGUGAAAGGUCCUCCAGGAGCUCCAGGUUUAUCAAGUUUUGGUAUCAAGGGACGUGCAGGGCCGUCAGGGCCACCGGGGAUGCCAGGGCCUAAGGGAGAUAGAGGUAUCGGCCUGCCAGGACAGCAGGGUCAGUCUGGCCCUCCGGGAGAAGAUGGUUCUGUGGGGUCUCAAGGAAAUCCUGGACCUCAGGGACCAGAGGGAGUUCCAGGGCUUCCGGGACAAGACGGACCACCGGGACCCAGAGGUUCUAGUGGUCUAGACGGUGUCCCUGGCCCAACUGGCGUUACUGGACUCUGUUUAGAUGGGGCUCCUGGACCAAAGGGAGAGGAAGGACAGAUUGGCUCCAUUGGCUUCCCAGGGGUCUGUGGCUCAAAGGGGGUGCAGGGUGAUUCUGGACUGCCAGGUGUGGGACCCCUGGGUCCUCCAGGGCCAUAUGGGACUCCAGGGCUUAAUGGACUUCCUGGACCAGAAGGAGGCUUUGGACUGAAAGGCCUGAGGGGGACUGAUGGGAAGCCAGGAUUCCCAGGCAUCAAAGGUGACAUGGGUCCGCCUGGACCGCUUGGGUGUGCGGGGAAUGAUGGCAAACCAGGAGAGCCAGGACGAGUAGGACCAAAAGGUGAGAUGGGCAUAGAUGGGAUCAGAGGUUCUCAGGGCCCUCCAGGGCCUCAGGGGGACCAAGGGGAGAGGGGACCUCCAGGCCUCGAAACUUCUGUAACGAUGUGUGGAGAUCCUGGAGAUGACGGAAAUCCAGGGCGCCUAGGACUUACUGGCGCUAAAGGAGACAGGGGCAUCCCUGGACCUCAAGGACUUGACGGCAGCAAUGGCGUACCUGGAGAAGCUGGGCCACAAGGACUUCCUGGAGACCCCCCCAGAGAUGGGGAAAUAGGUCCUCUUGGUCUCACCGGUCUCCCUGGGUACCCAGGGGAAAUGGGCAGGCCAGGAUUAAAGGGUGAGAAAGGCUCUUUGGGCCCUUCUGGUGAAGCUGGUUCAGAUGGUACACCAGGGUCAGGAGGACCAAAAGGUGCUAAAGGAGAACCAAGUCUACCUGGACUUGGAAUAAAAGGAUAUACUGGACAGAAGGGAAAUUCAGGAUGUUCGGGACCUUUAGGUUCAAAGGGAAGAACAGGAGACCCUGGGAACAUUGGUUCUCCAGGAGAAUAUGGCCCUUGUGGCCCCAAAGGAUACUAUGGUCCAGUGGGAUGCAGAGGUCCUCCAGGACCUGUGGGUGAAAAGGGUAGUGAUGGUCCACCAGGGAAAACAGGCCCUCCAGGACCCACAGGACUACAAGGCAAUAAGGGGGCUCCUGGAGACCCUGGUCUACCGGGUCUCAGAGGAAACCAGGGACAAGAUGGGAUACCUGGACCUCCAGGAGAGAAAGGAGCCAUGGGAGCUCCUGGAUUUGGUCCCCGGGGCCCAGAGGGGCAGCAAGGUCAACCUGGCUCUGUCGGAGAUCAGGGUCUUCCUGGGACCUGUGGACCUCCCGGUCCUAGUGGUCCUGGGGGAAAUGCAGGUUAUCCUGGUCCUCCUGGACCCACUGGUCCUCCUGGCUCUCCUGGACCCGAGGGACUCUGCACUGCAGGAGAAAAAGGAGAUCACGGGGUCUCUGGAGCACAAGGACCAAAAGGUCCCCCUGGCUGUAAGGGACCUCCUGGUCCUCCCGGUCCUGGUUAUAAAGGAGACAAGGGAAGUAUAGGAGCAAUAGGUAACCCAGGACCAACUGGUUACCCUGGCGACCCUGGUCUACAGGGCCAGCCGGGUAAAGACGGAACCCCGGGUCUACCUGGACCCAAAGGCAAGAUGGGAGAGACUGGUGUCAUUGGACCUUUUGGUUUGAAGGGGGAUGCGGGGCCCCAAGGUGAUGCUGGCUUUCAAGGACCUCCAGGACUACCUGGGAGUCAAGGACUCAGGGGUAUGGAUGCAUCCAGAGAGGUGAGGAUGGUUCCAGGAGAUGAAGGCUUGCCUGGAGUUCAGGGACCCCCAGGAGAGAGAGGACCCCCAGGGGCCAGUGGGAGACCAGGAUGUCCAGGUGUGAAGGGCAGUAAAGGUCAGGUGGGUAUCAGAGGACCAGGUGGACGCCCUGGACCUAAAGGGGAUCAGGGAGACCAAGGACUUCCUGGAACAAAAGGUAUCCCAGGCACAUGUGGUCUCCUCGGUGCCAAAGGUCUUCCGGGUCCACCGGGUCCAAGUGGGGAUGCACCAGAGAGGGAUGGCUUCCUGUUCACCAGACACAGCCAGAACCUGUUCAUCCCAUCAUGCCCUGCAGGAUCCAGUCAGGUGUACAGCGGAUACUCGCUGCUGUUCAUCAACGGAAACAACCGAGCGCACGGACAAGACCUGGGUACGUUAGGCAGCUGUCUCCCUCGCUUCACCACCAUGCCCUUCCUGUUCUGCAACACUGACAAUACCUGUCGCUAUGCGUCACGCAACGAUUACUCCUAUUGGCUGUCCACCAAUGAAACACUACCAGGCAGCGUCCCCUUCAUCACCGAAGAUUUACUGGAGAGUUACAUCAGCAGGUGUAUUGUAUGUGAGGCCAGAGCCAACGUGAUCACCGUCCACAGUCAGACCAAUUUUGUCCCGAGCUGUCCCUCUGGAUGGGAUCGUCUUUGGUUGGGAUACUCCUUUGUGAUGGAAACAGGAGUGGGGGCUGAGGGGUCAGGGCAGCCUCUGGCUUCACCUGGAUCUUGUCUGGAAUUCUUCAGGAAGAUUCCCUUCAUUGAGUGUCAUGGCAGAGGAUCCUGCAACUACUACACUGACUCAUACAGCUACUGGCUGGCUGCUCUCAACCCCAGCGACAUGUUCAGUAAACCCAAGCCUCAGACUGUUAAAGGAGAGUUUCCAGACAGUUUGAUCAGCCGCUGUCAAGUGUGUAUGAAGAGGCUGUGAACAUAUGACUGACAAGAGCAUCACCUGGCUCCUGACGCCUCACACCAGCAGCCAAUCACAACCUUCUGCUGUGAUCCACUUUCCUUCUGGCCAUAAUCUGUUUCAUGAUUAGGAAGAAAGUUCCAAAUUUUUUAUGCAAUUUGUCCAUAAAUUCUUCUAAACCUAAACAAAGGAUGUCAGAAAAUCUCCUAAAUUAAAUUAAUCAGCACCACGUGUAUCCAGUAUGUAGAUAAUACAUCUGUACAUAUAGUGCAGCUUUAUUUUUCGUAAUGAUCUGAAUGUGGAACAACCCCCGAUCUCUCAAUGUUAAUGUAAGUCAAAAAAACCUUUAUCAGAUCUGCUCCAAAAUUCAACAAAUUCUUCCUUGGUUGACACCUAACACUAUCGCGUCUCACCCAUUCACUCGUUCUUGCAUUAUCUUGCUAAUAAACACAUGCAGACAAUCAAACUGCAAUGAAGUAAUGAAAUAGUACGGACAUAAACAGCAUAAAAAUACUCUUGACUCUUGAUGAGGCAGAGCCAUUACUCCUUGUGUCUGUUUGUACAUAUUAGAUCUGUACAUAUGUUUGACUUUGCUGUUUUCCUGAAUAAUUCCCAAAAAUGUAAAACAACCACUUUAAUUAGAUCCACAACAAACUCCCCCAUUUACUUACAUUCUGGUCUUGCUUGGACCAGUGUGGAUGGGAAAAUGACAUAUGAUUCAGGUGCAUGUGUAGUGUUUACAUUAUGAUACCAGAAUCCUUAGGGAGUCUGUGUGUCCCCAAAAUCUCAAACACUGGUGUCUCGUCGGCAGUUGAAUAAUAUUGUUGUGAGGACUUUGGCGAGGCAAGAAUCAAGGUUCAUCCAACUUGUACUUGACAAGUUUAUACGGCUUUUUAUAAAGAAAGACAUAUGGACCAGUGAUUUACUGUGAAAAAUACUAACCUCAUCUUGGGUAUUUGUAGGCAUAUAAGUAGGCAAACCAUGGUAUAAAGCCAUUUAAAAAUGGAUUUCUUGUGAACAUGCAAUUAAAAACAUUCAUUGUCCUUAGAACACAACAUGGCUUUCCCAGCAAGUGGAGGAUUUACUAACAUUCUCAGUCACAAUCAAAUGGAAUAAUACAAUAAUUGUAUGAUAUUCAAUUGAAUUCAUUCAUCUAUUCCAACCCUUGAAUGAAUCUUGUAUGAAUGAAAAAAUGAAAAAAUAUCUCAGUCAAUGUUUGUGCGAGAGUAUAUUUUUAAAUAAAGUAAGAAAAUAUUUUUUAUUUAUCCCAGUUAACUCAAUUAAGCACCACAUUUCCAACGGUGAUAUAUCACACUGUCCAAGAUAUGGAACAGAAAAAAAAUAACAUUUAUGCUUAUGUAAAAAUAGUACCUCACAACAUGUGUUGCUGAUAGCUCAUUCUCACUGAUCAAUCCCAUGUUUAAAUGUGUUUAGUUUGGCAUUUAAUCCUAGGUCAAAUGACUCCGCAAAAGACACAGGGUUUUAUAGGUCUGGCAUCAAUGGGAACAUCAUUUAGAAUUUAAAUUGAACCCAUUUCAUUCUUAAAUGAACAACGUACCCAAUCUUCAUGUAGAUAAUGGAAAAAGGAAGCUUCUCUCUUUCUCUCUCUCUCUCUAUAUACAUAUAUAUAUACAUAUAUGUAUAUAUGUAUAUAUGUAAUGAAAACAAUGCAGGAAACAAAAGUACUAACAGGAGAAUGUACUUUCACACACACACAGUCGAGGUAAAACUGUGGACUAUUCUAUGUAUAAAUCAGCAAAGGUACCAGCUAAUUUACUUCAUUAUUGUAGACUUUUAGUUGCAGUAAUUAGAUCAGUAUCACUACUGACAAUGACCACGGUCAUUAAGUGCUGUACUGCAUAUGUAUACUCCCCACUGAGCAGUACUACUACUAAUAUUACCACUGCUGUGCACUGUUUAUGGGGGUGAGGCAAAACAUUCUUAUGCUGACUAAGAAGUAGUAGCAAUAAAACUUGGCAUUCAUUCAUUUCAACCUUCUGUGAUACUAUUAUUUCCUCCCACAUUUCAACUGAGGUAAUUUCAGCUAAUUGACGAUUUAGUUAGACUUAGUAUUAGAAACAUUUCGUGAACAUGGGAGACAUGGCACCAUGGUUUUCAGUUUGUAUGACUGAAUUCAAUAGGGUUAGAGACAGUUCUGAAGAUGAACCUGUGUGCAGGACGUCCUGCCACAGCCGCUGCCCAACAAAACACUGGUGAUGGAUGACAGAUGUUUGACUCUUAAUCAGCGUGCAGAGAACAUUCUGCACAGUGAACUUGGCAUGCCGCUCGGUGGGUGCAACAGCUUUUGACCCCCUGAUCGAAAGCACACCAGGCUGGCCAUGUCGCAGGAGAAGUGCCUCCUGCGACAUCCUGAUCCAGCUGGUUUUCUCAAACGGUUUACUAACCCAGGAUGAGUGUUGGUGUCCGCCUUCCAGCCAGAGACCAAAAGGUUGUGGACAAUUCAUCAAAGAAAAGGCUGCAACACUGAAGGAAGAUGCAAACUACAGUUGAGACGAUGCCUAUGAACUUCUCAGCCCACCCUCAUUCAUUCUCCAAUUUUCUUUAACAACUAAACGGGGAUAUUUUGCCUCUUACUAUUACUAGUACUUUUACCGCUAAUACCAAAAUAUAUGACUUCUUCAACUGCCAAUGCUAGACAGGAAGUCAGAAAAACCUCUGAUGCGCAGAUUUACUAAAUACUACACUACUCUGAGUUCCACUACUAUUGCAGUACCCCUACUACUGUAGUACCACUGCUCUUUACGCCACAGGAAGUACACUUUCUCAGGUCUCAGCUGAGACACUGCAGAGGAAGAGGGAAAAUAACCAGUGGUUAGUCAGCUCUGCUGCGCUUCCUCUAACAGCCAGCUGGUGGCUGAGAAACACCUGGAAACACCAAAAUAAAGACGUCCCAUCAUUUUCUGCACAGCAACAGAUACUGAAUCUCCCCGACUGGAACGAAUCAGAACAAAUGAUUUUCUUACCUCGUCGUCUAACAACUAAACAGUAACUGAAUGUGUGACUGUAUCAUUUCAGUGAUCUGUAUUAUAUUUUGUAUUUUAAUAAAAGGUAUUAUUAAAUAUGA